AAGACACAAACAGUUUGUCACCACUGGAGAUAGGGCAAACAUCAAAGAGUGCGAGAAAUUUAUGACAGCAUGGCAUCCAUUUCAACUGAUUCCCAUCACACCCCUCAGCUGCUGUCAGUUGGAGAAAAGGAUAAGAAACGGUUGCUUGAGGUGUAUGUUAAGCGAAGUCUCAGCCUUAACGAUGGAUCUCAGUGUCCUCGGAGACAGGAGGACAGAGCACCCAAAUGGGUCGCCACCACAGAGCAGAAGAUAAGAGAUCACAAACAUACAUCUCUUAACUUGACUUCACAAGCCUCCAUCUCAGAUGAGAACAUUAGAUAUGAGUCUGUCAUUGAACCACAACUGGAAAAAAAAGAGAUGUCUUCUGAGAAGAAAUCCAAAAAGUGGAAAGUUAAAGGCAGUCUGCGUCGCAACGAUGGCUCUAGUGGGUCUCAGAAGUCCAAUGGCAAACCCAAGAAGUGGUUUCAAAAUUUGGAUAAGGCCAAGGAGACAGGAGGGCAAAGCAAUGAUGCUCCCCCCCAAACAAGUACAGUGAGUGAUGGAGAUAUUCAUUCAAAGACGCCAAAGUCUUCCACCGUGGAAAGGAAGGAAAAAGAAGGCAAGAAGACAAAGAAACCCACUGUAUGGAAGACUUUCUUGAACUGGUUUUCCAAAGGAAGCAUUGAAAAGGAACAAGAUCAUCAGAGAACUGAAGAACAGCUCCCACUUUCCCAACCCUCAACACCCCAGAUGUCUUGUUUGCCUAUAGCUGAUGGUGACAUCAACCUGCGGCGCUCAAAGUCUUUGAAAAAGAAACCGUUGCACAGGAGAUCGUCAAAAUGGAGGCGAAGUGGAGAUCUGUCCGCUGCAAAAUCUGUUAAGAUGGUGGAACCCACCAGCUCGUACUAUGAGAAAAUGUCAGAAGAACUGGAGAAAAUUGUGCAUGAAGUGAAAGACAAUCCAGCCGAUGACAAUGCCACUUUUCAGCCAACAGACCAGAGUGGUGUAAAGGUCUCACAAGAAGAGGUUGUCAGGAGAAUCACAGAACUGAUAAAACAUCAAGGGGACAUAAUAGAUAACAGGCUGAAAGAGAACGGCACCGUGAGCACUUUUCUGGACGGGAUCAACUAUAGAUCCUUCCAGCAAAUGGCUGAUCAAUAUGUUCAGUCAGAAGUUCCAAAUAAGAAAACCUCCAUGCCCGUCGUGGCACCAGAGCUGGUGAAGUUCGCCUUCACUCUGGACUUCACAGCCCAAGUCGCUAAUCUACACCGCCAGGCCACAGGCCACAUCAUGGGCUUUGGGAACCAGUAUCUCCAAGAUCGCUUCACUCACAUGAGCGAGAGCCAUCAGCAUCUCCCUGACAUUAAAGCAGAGGAUCGGAACACACAGAACUCUGAGCAAGAAUUCAUAAGCUUGUAGAAGCUUAUGGUAUUAAUAUUUGAUUUGGUCGAUCGGAUCACAAGUGGACGACGCAAAAUGCAGGUGUAAACGGGGUGGAAAACGCUUUGAGCUUGUCCACUUUCGACCAUUCAACCAGAUUGCUUUCGUAGUGUAGGUGCUCGUGGUCAAGCGCGUUCGGACUGUAGACUGUAAAAACAGAAGAGCUACAAAAGACCGCCAUUAUGGUAAACACACUAGCCAGGCGGCAUUUUGGUUCAGAGGCAAAUUUGGUUUGAAGACGUAAACGUAAAAGAAGUGGUUGAAAGUGGACAAAAGAGACGGAUUUAAACACCAGGUGUAAAUGGGAAUGUGUCUCCCUCGUCUACUGGAGAGCCGAUCGACCAAAACGCAUCUUAAUACCAGGUAAACAGGGCCUAGUUGUCAGAGUUUUACUGGAUAUACCUUUGAACAGCAGCAACACAA